UUAAGUAUGAACGUGAUGAAGGAAGCUGAAGGCAACAUGACAAACAAGCCUAAGCCGAGUCCAGCUAUCUAGCGAACCAUCCGAGCUCAGUGUUGUGGUGUUGGCGUAGACUGACCAGAGUCCGCUAACAUCACUUAUUUUUUUUAAGUGCUGCAGUGAGAAAAGGGCAUCAUGACAGAAGUAUUCCAGUUCGGCCUCGUGCCCAUCACUUGUCACGCCUGGAAUAAGGAUCGCUCCCGUGUGGCACUGAGCCUCAACAACAACGAGGUCAACAUCUAUGAGCGUGCCGGGUCAGAGUGGAGGCUGCAGGAGACCCUUCAAGGCCAUGACCUGCGAGUCACCGGCAUUGACUGGGCACCAAACACCAACCGCAUUGUGACCUGUGGUGCUGACCGGAAUGCUUAUGUUUGGACUUGUGGAACGGAUGGGAAGUGGAGCCCAACCUUGGUGCUUCUGCGUAUCAACCGUGCCGCCACCUGCGUCAAGUGGUCUCCUAAUGAGAACAAGUUUGCGGUUGGGUCUGGCGCACGGCUCAUCUCGGUGUGCUACUUUGAGCAGGAAAACAAUUGGUGGGUGUCCAAGCACAUCAAGAAGCCCAUCCGCUCCACCAUCACCACUCUGGACUGGCAUCCCAACAACAUACUCUUGGCUGCUGGGGCUGCUGACUUCAAGGUGCGCAUUUUCUCCGCCUGGAUCAAAGACAUCGAGCCCAAGCCAACACCAACACCCUGGGGAGCUAAGAUGCCUCUGGGCCAGAUGAUGACUGAAUUCUCCAACUCUACUGGUGGAGGUGGGUGGGUGCACAGUGUGAGUUUCUCUGGUGACGGGAAUCGAGUGUGCUGGGUUGGCCAUGACUCGAGCCUGACUGUGGCAGAUGCAGGGAAGGAGAUGGCUAAGACUCAGCUCAAGACUGAGUAUUUGCCCUUCACUGCUGUCACUUGGGUCUCCCUCAACUCUCUGGUGGCUGUGGGCCAUGGUUGCUGUCCAAUGUUGUACUCUGUUGAUGACAUGGGUAAGCUUACCUUUGUGACCAAGCUGGAUAUGGCUCAGAAAAAAGAGUCUGGCAGUCUCAGUGCCAUGAGGAAGUUCCAGUCACUUGACCGCACUGCUCGCUCGGAUCAGUCAGACACCACACUGGCCACUGUUCACCAGAAUACCAUCACGGGAGUUGCCAUCUUCUCAGGUGAAAAGUCCAACUGCAGCUCCAUUUCCACCUGUGGCGCUGACUCUCAACUUGUCAUCUGGAACUUCAAGCUUCUGGAGCAGUCAGUGUCUGAUCUACGCUUGAGUUAAAGCAUUCCCACCAAAAAGUUAACUGCCAAGUCAAUGCCACAUUAAAAAAAACAAAGUACAUAUGUAAUGAGAAGAUAAGUGAAAUUUAAUGUAUCUGAUUAUCUUUAUGAUUAAUUAUAUUAAAUGUGAUUUUUGUCUCAUUUUACAGAAUCAUUGCCCAUCCAAAAAAUAUCGUGUAUAGUUACAUACAUUUUUCUAUAUUGCCUUAUUGUUAUUGUUAUGACUGUAAGAUAAAAUGUUUUUCCUGUAUUUUACAAGUUAGUUGAACAAGUGGUGUUUACUUAAAGACAGCACAAACAAUAUGUAGGUAAAAUAUGAUAAUGAAAUCUCUAACACAAACAUUCCUGAAUUUGUGUCACUUUAUACUACUUGCAGUCUAAUUCCUCUAACUCAUUUAAGAUAGAUUACUAUGAUGCAAGGAGAAAGAUGCUAACAAAGAGGUAGUAAGAAAAACCAGCCAUAUACUCUACUGGAUGCUGGAUGGUUGAUGUUGAUGCUUAAAAUGUAAAAGAUUUGCCAGGCUCACUCCUCUGUUAUUUUAUCUCAUAGAAACAGGCAAACAAUGUUGAUUAAUAACUCAAAGUACAAGUUAUUUCAAAAGGAUAACAAGGUAAUUCAAAUUAAAAUUCUUUUAAUUACCAGAGUUAUGGUUCUUAUAUUACCAGAGUUAUUGCUGGUCACUUGAUGAAUAACCAGUGUGCUUCAUAUGAAUUCAGUGAAAUAAAUGUAUUGGCAAC